AUGAAGACGAAACCGAGCAGCUCCAAUAUGCAGUUGCUGCUUUUUGUUUUCUUGGCGUGGGACCCAGCCAGGUUGGUGCUGGCUAACAUCCAAGAAGAUGAGGCUAAAAAUAACAUUACCAUCUUUACAAGAAUUCUAGACAGACUUCUGGAUGGUUACGAUAAUCGGCUUAGACCAGGACUGGGAGACAGUAUUACUGAAGUCUUCACUAACAUCUAUGUGACCAGUUUUGGCCCUGUCUCAGAUACAGACAUGGAAUAUACAAUAGAUGUUUUCUUUCGACAAAAAUGGAAAGAUGAACGAUUAAAAUUUAAAGGUCCUAUGAACAUCCUUCGACUCAACAAUUUAAUGGCCAGCAAAAUCUGGACUCCAGAUACCUUUUUCCACAAUGGUAAGAAGUCGGUGGCGCACAAUAUGACAAUGCCAAAUAAGCUGCUGCGAAUCCAGGAUGAUGGCACCCUGCUGUACACGAUGAGGCUUACAGUUCAAGCUGAAUGUCCAAUGCACUUGGAGGAUUUUCCAAUGGAUGCCCACUCAUGUCCUCUGAAAUUUGGCAGCUAUGCGUAUACAACCUCAGAGGUUACUUACAUUUGGACAUACAACGCGUCUGAUUCUGUACAAGUUGCUCCUGAUGGCUCGAGGUUAAAUCAAUAUGAUCUGCUGGGCCAAUCAAUUGGGAAGGAGACAAUUAAAUCUAGUACAGGUGAAUAUACCGUAAUGACAGCUCAUUUCCACUUGAAAAGAAAAAUUGGGUAUUUUGUGAUUCAGACAUAUCUGCCUUGCAUCAUGACGGUCAUUCUCUCCCAAGUGUCGUUCUGGCUUAACAGAGAAUCUGUGCCCGCGAGAACAGUGUUUGGGGUAACAACCGUUCUAACAAUGACAACUCUGAGCAUCAGUGCGCGGAAUUCUCUCCCCAAAGUGGCCUAUGCGACCGCCAUGGACUGGUUUAUUGCUGUUUGCUAUGCCUUUGUGUUCUCUGCCCUCAUUGAAUUUGCAACUGUUAAUUACUUCACCAAAAGAGGAUGGGCUUGGGAUGGAAAGAGCGUCGUCAAUGACAAGAAAAAAGAAAAAGCCUCUGUGAUGAUACAGAACAACGCUUAUGCAGUGGCUGUUGCCAAUUAUGCCCCGAAUCUUUCAAAAGACCCAGUUCUCUCCACCAUCUCCAAGAGCGCAACCACGCCAGAACCCAACAAGAAACCAGAAAACAAACCAGCUGAAGCCAAGAAGACUUUCAAUAGCGUUAGCAAAAUUGACAGAAUGUCUAGAAUAGUUUUCCCAGUUCUGUUUGGUACAUUUAAUUUAGUUUACUGGGCCACAUAUUUAAACAGAGAACCUGUAUUAGGGGUCAGUCCUUGA